CAAGGACAAAAUUUUUCCGACCAGUCUCGAGAACCUGUUGCAGAUUGUCAAAAAAUGAUGAUCUUCAUGAUGCAGCAUUUGCUGCAUUAUGGCGAUGUGCGGCAACAGUAGUGGUACAACUAGUACUCAGAAUCAGAAACCUACGCUCAAAGCGACCACUCUGACCACGGGUCCGCCGUACUCGACUGUUGAUUUGCCCUUUUACAACAACGGCUGACAAUUGCACUUCCCCAUUUAAGAGUAUGAGUAAGACUGAGCCAUGGAGCACAGUAUUGAAAACGAAAAGCCAGGUGAAGGUGAACAAGAAGUGUCACACCUUCGCCACCCCAUGAUAAGACAUAGUUGGACCAGAUCCAAGCACCAGGUAAAAGGCAAUAAAUUUGACAAGUAGAUCAUAUUUAUAGAUCAUUCAGAGGCCGUGCGAUUAAUGGGCCCCCUUUUCGAUACCGAAAAGGGGGGGGUAGGUGCGGUCGGUCGUCUGGCGGGCCGUAUCCAGACAUGGCCGGGUGACCAGUUUUCCAUCCUUUCCGGACUUCAAAAAUCUAAAUCCGCAACUUCCUGCCCCGGCAAAAAAGCUUUCGUUUUGUUUGCUGCGGUUUCUCAGCGUGUCUCUCUUCUGCUGCGGUUUCUGCGGUGUGGCUGGAACAGAAUGAAACAGAACGACAGAAAUUUCUUGGGCGCGCGCGGCGCGCGCGCGGAUCGGCAUACGGAUGCGACAACAGAAAACGCUUAAAGCGCGUGACGCGCGCGCGCAAACUGAAAAGAAGCUCGCGGCGUGCGCUGGUGUGCGCGCACAGCGGAGAACAUGCAGUGGAGAACGUGCCGCCCUAGUGACCGAAGUGGCCGUCUCAGCUUUUCCAAAUGCAGGAAGUGCUGGGAUGGUCGCUGCAACAACCCGAGGGUGGUUGUGCAAUGCUGCGCUCUAAGUAGCUGCCUCCUGGUGGUCUAUUGCGUCGCAGCGCCGUUUUUGUGCAAUAGAGCUACUUCGCAGGAGAAGAAGCUUCGUCGUGAUGCAUUGCGAACCGCCUUCGUUUUUGAGCAGUAGAGCUGCUCCACAGUGAGUUCACCUCUACAAACUGCGCCCAAGCUACUGCGAAGCAGUUCUUUUUUUCCGCGGUAGGUCCACGGUCUACGUCUACAGCUACCAAAUGGGAUUGCUAUCAAGUUGGAGAUGAUUUCCUCCAGGGUACUAGCUGCGCUGCUGCGAGGUUCUGCGAAAGAAAGCCGCCCCCUUUGUCUUGGGAGAACAAACGGGGCCGGCUUUAUUUUGAGAAGCAGAAAGCGCGUCGCUUGCGCUUUCCUUCUCUUGCGCUUUUUUUGUUUUAAAGAAAAAGAAAAAAGAAGAACUCGCUCCAUAACGUCGGCACUGUGUACUUUGCGCACGGUAGUGCGCCUCACAACCAAGCGAAGCUAGCUGUAGCUGGGCACCGCAUGUGGCUGCGCUUUUGAAAAAACAAAGCGGCGAAAGGCGUCAAGCGCGCCGUGCCGCCCGGAUUCAGAUUCGCGAUAGGUUUCGCGAUAAACAGCCCCCGGAUUUCGAAAGGGGGGGCGUGGGGGGGGGUAAGGUCGGUCAGAUUCCCGCUUCUACCCUCCUUUUCGGUAUCGAAAAGGGGGCCGAUUAAUCGCGCAGCCUGAGCCUCAUUAGAUAUCAUAUUUAUAGGCUAUCGCUAUAGACUAUUACUAUUAUGUUUAUGAUCA